AUGCAAGAUCUCACAGACUCAUUAUGGGUAGGAUGCUAUACUAUUGCUCAUUAUGCAUGUCUGAUUACUGCCCAAGCUCCAGAACGAAUUGGUCAGAUUUUGGGUCUUACACUCACGGCUCUAGUCUUGUUGUCUCUUCAGUUUUCCAGUGUGGUCAUGGGGUUUGUCGGUUCCGAGCAGGGGCAUCGGCAGUUCUGGAUCGUCACCUCUAUGCAGAAUAUGUCGUCUAUCAACGGCACGAAACACGCCGACAUAUACUCCGAAUUACAACAAACUGACAAUCUCUUCGGCAAUCCGAGCGCCAUCAUCUCGGACCCGACAAUGACUGCUCGCUCCUAA